AAACUAACUAGCUAGGCUGCAUUUUGUCUUUCACUAUAACUCCACAAGGCCUUAUUAUUCCAUUUUUCUUAGAAUUCUCCUCAUUUUUUGCCUUCUUUCUUGCUUCCUCCACCUCUUCUUUCCUUUCCAAUUCUCAUCCCUUGAUAUUAAUUAGGUUUCUUUAUUGAUCUUGCAAAUUUUUGUUCAAUAAAGUAUGACCUGGAAAUGUCUAUGCUGUGGCUUCCCUGAAGAAACAAAACCGAUCCGUUCAAGUAAUGAUAGGGAUUAUCCUUGGGAAAUAUACACUCUUAAGGAGCUUCUUCAUGCAACAAAUAAUUUUCAUAAUGAUAACAAGAUUGGAGAAGGCGGAUUUGGAAGUGUGUAUUGGGGUCGAACAAGUAAAGGCGUUGAGGUAGCAGUGAAAAGACUGAAGGCGAUGAGUGCAAAGGCAGAGAUGGAAUUUGCAGUGGAAGUAGAAAUACUUGGGAGGGUGAGACAUAAGAACUUGUUAGGUUUAAGAGGAUUUUAUGCAGGCGGAGAUGAAAGGCUUAUAGUCUAUGAUUACAUGCCUAAUCAUAGCUUAAUCACUCAUCUCCAUGGCCAACUCGCUUCUGAUUGUUUGCUUGACUGGACCCGGAGAAUGAAAAUAGCUAUUGGAUCAGCUGAAGGACUAGCGUACUUGCAUCAUAAAGCCAGUCCCCAUAUAAUACACAGAGACAUAAAGGCGAGCAAUGUUCUUUUAGACACAGAAUUCCAAGCGAAGGUUGCUGAUUUUGGAUUUGCAAAGCUGAUACCAGAUGGUGUUACUCAUUUGACCACCAGGGUUAAAGGAACUCUAGGAUAUUUGGCUCCAGAAUACGCUAUGUGGGGAAAGGUUUCUGAGAAUUGUGAUGUUUAUAGCUUUGGGAUUUUACUUUUGGAGAUAAUUAGUGCGAAAAAACCAUUAGAGAAAUUACCAGGAGGUGUUAAACGCGAUAUUGUUCAAUGGGUCACUCCAUAUAUUCAAAAGGGUGCAUAUGAUCAAAUCGCUGACUCUAGGUUGAAAGGUAGAUAUGAUCGAACACAGCUUAAAUCAGCGAUCAUGAUUGCGAUGAGAUGCACUGACAGCAAUCCUGAGAACAGGCCUAGCAUGACGGAAGUGGUAGAUUGGCUUAAGGGUGAUCUAAGGAAAAGGUCAAAGGAGGUGUCUUAUGUACAAAACAAAGUAGGGGAAGACGAGGACGAAGAGAACAACGAUAACGGUACUGAUUAUGAAGAAGGGUUUGGAAUGGAAAAAUUUCAUCUGAGAAUGAAAUAGACAGCCUCUUUAUUUAUUCAAUUGAUCUUAUUAUAUUGUUGUGGGUUAUUUUUUUCAAAGUGAUGUAAACAAAGAAAUAUGUCCAUUUUUAUUUUAUUAUAUAUUCAUUUGGAUUUAUACACAGUAUAUUACAAAUGAAAUGAAAAAAAUAAAAUUUUAUA